AACUCUUGUCUAUAAUCCCAGUCGUAGGUCGUGGCAGGACUACGGGUUGAGUACUCUUCAGGAGAGCAUCUACCUCCCUACCUCUGGUCGCCUAGCAACCCCACCCCCUGCAGAUGACCCCGCCUCCACCCUCUCCGCCGUCAUCAAGAUGGGCUGGCUGGACAAGAACCCGCCCCAGGGGUCACUGAUCUUCCAGAAACGUUGGGUGAAGCUGGACUCCGAGUACCUGCGUUACUAUGACAAUGACAAGGAGGUGUACUCUAAGAGGAUCAUCCCCACCGGCUGUAUCACCGGGGUGAUCUGUGUGGGAGAGCAGAAGUUUGAGGUGGUCACACACAACCGCACCUUUCUCUUCAGGGCGGAGAGUGACGCUGAGAGGACGGAGUGGGUGAGAGUCCUGCAGGAUCUGAUGUCGCAGCAGCAGCAAGGUCGCGACCUGACCUUUAACCCCACGGUGACCCCGGUCCUGCAGGGUUACCUGGAGCUGCGAGGUCUCCGCUCCAAACUCUACACUGUGGUGUCCGCAGACAAGGUCUUCCUCUACAAGAACCAAGAGGACUUUAAGUUGGGUAUAGGGAUCACCAGUAUCGAUAUGAAUGUGGGGAACAUUAAGGAUACGGACCGCAGAGCCUUCGACCUAACCACACCCUACAGAAUCUUCAGUUUCGUGGCAGACUCGGAGCAGCUGAGGGAGCAGUGGGUGUGUGUGAUGAGGGAGAGCAUCUCCGCGGCGCUCUAACACUGUGUGUGUGUGUGUGUGUGUGUGUGUGUGUGUG